GGUGGGCGGUGCUGCUAAGGAUUGGGGGCGCGUGUCAAACUUGAGCUCUUUCGUCAGUGCUAGAAAUGGACGUUCAGUUAUUGAAGCCCGCGGACGAGGGGAGCCAACAAGAGAGGGAUGUCGGCAUCGGGAACCUUUGCAACGGAAACCGGCCCCGGGCAUGCGCCUUUUGAGCCGAGGAGCAAAAGUGGCAACUCAGAGGCGGCACCCGCCUCCCCGGAAAUCCUUGGAGGAGGCGGGGCUCUGGGAGCGCGCUCUUCCCAGCGGGAGCUGGGGAGGUGCAUGCGUGCUUGCGUCAUCGUGGGGGUGCGUCGCGGCGGCGUGAGAGAAUCUGUGGCCCGCGAUGGGGCUUGGUCCCUUCUGUCCCCGCCCCGAAGCCGCCUGCUCAAGCUGAGGGCCACCGGCUUCUAUCCGUCGGUGUCAGUGCUCCUUGCCUCCCAGCCAGAGCGUCUCAUCCCUGGGCCCGGAGCCCUAGGCUCGCUCUCCUCAGCCCGUGCUGGCAGCGGCGCUCUUGCCGCCAUUCCUGUGAGGUCGUUUUCCGGAGCCGGCGGGCUGGCGGAGGAGUAAGUAGGCGCCAGAGUCCUGGCCCGGGCAUCCGCCUCGGGGCCCUGUCGCCGCCGCGCCGCGGAUCCUGCGUUGGUCCUGUCCGAUAAAGCGGAGGUCGGCCCUGCUUGCUGACGAGACCGUAAAAACCACAGCGCUUGGCGCCCUGCGGCCGCCGCCACGCCACACAAAACUGUACCGGCCCGAGGCAGGCUUCGGGCGCGAGCUUGCCUUUGUGACUUUCUCUGACCGCCUUUGCUUGCUUCCUUUUAAGUAUUACUUCCAGAUAAGGCACACAUUUUCGAAAUACUUUGAAAAUAAUUUUGAGUUUUGUUUCUCCCGUUGAGACUGAUUAAAUUUGGACCUUUCAAGCUACACUGUGCAAUCAUCAAUCUCAAUAAGCUCUUAAUAGGCGCAUUCUGCGGUAGGCUACAAGCAAAAUAAAGAUCGUAACAUCCUGCGGAGGAAGCCGUUGCUCCAUGUAGAGUCGCCAGAUGUCAAUUAAGAGUAGAUCGCUUUUCAGAGAAUACUUACGGCUCUGGUUUAGACCUGGACUGGGAACUGUGAGGUGUUUAGAACACUGGGCAGAAUUUUCCUUUUUACAAAACAAACCUUAUGAGAACGUAA